CAAUAAUAAUUACAAAAAGACAUUCGCACACACACACAUAGAGCUGGUCUACUCAAAUGUCCCGUGUCUUCUACGUUCAGUAUCAAUCAUCUCGGUGAGUCAGAGACGACGAUCGCGGAGGAAGACGGAGACCGUUGGAGAGAGUCUACCUCUCUCUCGACCAUGAUGAAUCCUGUCCUUCCGGUUUCCGAUCCUCCUCUCGCCGGAGAGAAUAAUCUCGACGGCAAAGGUGUAGUAGAAGACAACCGUCUUUUCAAAGGAUCCGCCAUGACCAAACGUGGCGCUUACGCUGCUCUCUCUUACAUGGCCUGUGCAGUGAUGCUUGUGCUAUUCAAUAAAGCAGCUCUCUCUUCCUAUCACUUCCCCUGUGUUAACGUUAUCACUCUCUUUCAGAUGGUUUCUUCUACAUUGUUUCUAUACACGUUGAGGCGCAAAAAGAUCAUCUCUUUCACUGCGGCUGAUUCUGAUAAUAAUGUCUCAGCUUUUGUGCCGUUGAAGACAUUGUUUCACACCCUUCCUCUCUCAGCUGCCUAUCUUCUCUACAUGCUAGCCACUAUGGCGUCUGUGAGAGGGGUUAAUGUUCCCAUGUACACCACGCUUAGGCGUACCACGGUGGCUUUUACUAUGGUGAUUGAGUACUUGCUCACUGGUCAGAGAUACACCCGCUCUAUCAUUGGAAGUGUUGGCGUUAUUUUGUUUGGCGCAUUUUUCGCUGGAGCUAGGGACUUGUCGUUUGAUUUUUAUGGAUAUGGUGUCGUUUUCUUAGCCAACAUAACAACAGCAGUUUAUCUAGCAACCAUCUCCCGGACUGGGAAAUCAAGUGGCUUGAAUAGCUUUGGCCUUAUGUGGUGCAAUGGAAUUAUAUGCGGACCUAUAUUGAUGAUAUGGACAUACGUUUGUGGUGACUUGGAGAGGACUAUUAACUUUCCUCACCUCUUUUCUCCAGGUUUCAUGGUUGUGUUAUUAUGUUCGUGUGUGUUGGCUUUCUUCUUAAACUACAGCAUUUUUCUUAACACCACUCUCAACUCGGCUCUCACUCAGACAAUUUGUGGCAACAUGAAGGACGUCUUCACGGUUGGACUAGGCUGGUUGCUCUUUGGUGGACUCCCAUUCGACCUCAUGAAUGUGAUUGGACAGCUUUUUGGCUUCUUCGGGUCUGGUUUAUACGCAUACUAUAAGAUCAUUGGGAGGUAACUAGUCCAAAACAAAGAAGAGCCAAUCACACAUAGGAGUGGCCCUAGUGAUCAUAAAGGCUCGAUGUGAAAAGAAACUAAAGGAAGCCUUUUAGUUCAACAGAGGUGAAGUAGUUCAGAGUAGUAUUAAUAAUGCGAUGCCUCAUUUUUAUUUGAACUUGUGUAUUCAAGCAGGCAAAACAUUAACUAAUUAUUGUUUUCACGCUGAUAAAUAGUGAAUGAAUGGUAUGAAAAUGUUGUUUUA